AUGCACCUGUGCUCCCCUCAGACCUGUCCCUGUGCUCUCCUCAAACCUGUACCUGUGCUCCCCUCAGACCUGUCCCUGUGCUCUCCUCAGAAAUGUCCCUGUGCUCCCCUCAGACCUGUCCCUGUGCUCCCCUCAGACCUGUCCCUGUGCUCUCCUCAGACUCGUCCCUGUGCUCCCCUCAGACCUGUCCCUGUGCUCUCCUCAGACUCGUCCCUGUGCUCCCCUCAGACCUGUCCCUGUGCUCUCCUCAAACCUGUACCUGUGCUCCCCUCAGACCUGUGCCUGUGCUCCCCUCAGACCUGUGCCUGUGCUCCCCGCAGAUCUGUCCCUGUGCUCUCCUCAGACCUCUCCCUGUGCUCUCCUCAGACCUGUCCCUAG